CAGGGGGUACCUUUCGACGUUUAUCGACAUAAGCAACGACCCAAUGAGAUUUGUGGACCGAUCUUUUGUUUUUAAGGAGAUGAGAGAGGUUUCCGUCGAUGUUGAAAGUUUGUUUCGCCUCCCGUGGGUAGAGAAACAUCCAUUGAGAGGCCGAUUCAGAUGCCGCGUUACAGAGUGCCAGCUUUUCUCGACGUGCGCCGGUCCUGCCGUAUUUUUAAGUUCCUUCUUCUUUCCCCUCGUUAUCAGAGAAUUCGUUCGCUUUCUCUCGUGACCUUCUGCCGUCUUCUUGUUUUCUGGACGACUCUCCCCACCACACGUUUGGCAGAGAAUGCCGGACUCUCGUCUGUGUGUACAAGUGGGCAUCAGCGACCGUGUAAACCUGUCACGUGUCUAUGAUGAGUCUAUUUUCAGGUGGACCUGGUCUUUCAUCUGUGUGUUCUGAAUCGAAAUUCAUCUUAUUCCGUUGGUGCGGCCACACUGGAGAGCGGACUUACCCAGGAUCCGUUCCGCAGCUCAACUGCUUUUCCUGAGGAUGUCGUGCUUCCGCGCAGAUGGAUGCAAGUGAAAGAUGCGUUCGGCGGCGCUCCUGUCUCGCCUGCGGGUGCCCCUCCGGAGCAUUUCGGUUGUGUUUCUUUUCUCUUUCGCUUCCCUCGCCGUUCAGACAUCCUUCUGCGCAGUUGCCCGUCCCAAUGCCAGCCACGCGACACUUCGUGGCUUCGCGUCCACUUUCUCUUCUUUCUCGGUACCCUGGUCACCUGCACCGUGUUUGACGGAUUUCCAAGCCGAGACGCCUCCUAGACAGUAUGCUCCCUGGAGUGUUCCCGCAUUUGGGGUUCUGGAAGUUCCUCAGAAUUCCCUGUCUUCUUCUCGAGCCCGUUUCCGGCGAGUUUCGGCGUCCCCGGCUUCCAUUCACAGCGAAGAUAGUGAAUCUGCAAAGACGGCUUUGAGGUUGAGAUCCGCUUUUUCCCUCCCGCCAGGCGCACCCUCGCCGGUCGUAAGAAGUCCCGUCACGACGACACAUGUGCACUCCCAUUUCUCCAAGUCACGGCUUCCUCUCCAUCCACCCACAGUCAACAGAGGUUGCUGUCUCGCCUCCUCCGUCUGCGGUUUGUCUUCUUUUCCAUCUCGGGCCAUCCCUCGCGCAUCUGGUUGCAGCUGUUUAUCGGGGUGCGCCACCCAGUGCGAACGCGCGGACUCACUGCUACGCGCCUCGAACUUCAACAAGAAAGCUCUUCACGGACAUCCACUGCGGAGUGCGACGGGAGACCACUGCUCGGCCCAGGAGAGACUGGCCAAGAAUGGUUGUUUGCCAGACCAAAAGCCGUCUGACGCGGUGGACGCGUUCGUGGAAGACAAAAAGCCCCGAAUCCGCAGGUCAACAGAGAAAAGCGCCUCUCAGGCGUCCAGUUCUCUCCCCACUUCUCAACCCGUUGACUCGACAGCAACACCUUCUCCCCACUCUUGCCAUUCGUCGCCGUGUCUCCCUGCCUCGAAACAGCCUUCUCGGCUGUCCUCUCUCCGCAGAAGCCCCGUCUCCUCUCCUCUGUCUCCUCAACACGUGACUCUCUCUCUCCUUCCCUCUCUCCCCACGUUCGCUGGGUUGCCUCUCCCCCCCUACCUGUCGGCAGCGCUCGACGCCCAGGAGAUCUCUGCCCCAACGGGAAUUCAGCAGACAGCGCUGGGGCCUCUUGCAGCCGGCGAAGACUUGCUUCUCCACUCCGAGACAGGCAGCGGCAAAACCUUCGCGUACCUCCUUCCUCUCCUCCACUGGCACCACCACGCCAACAAUCCAGAACCCACCUCUGGGGGCAACGCGCAUGCAGAGAGUCUGUUGCGAAACGUCUCGGGUGUAUGUACACCCCAAGCAGCAGCCGGGGGGAGGGGCGGGCAGCGCGGGAAGGCGGCGCGGCCGCGUCGAGAUGCCAGCAAAGGAAAGCGACAUGACGCAGGUCGAGGAGCUGGAGAUGCAUGCGAAGAAGAAGCUCUCUUGUCGGAGAGAUACUUGGCGCACGCAGCGUGUCUCGACGCUCCAGAAGUGGCGAGAGCUCUGAGACGAGCAACAGGCUGCUCUCUCAUCGUUACACCGACUCGGGAGCUAGCGGUUCAAGUGGCCCACGAAAUCUACAUGCUUCUUCGCACGAACUUUUUCCUUUCAGAGAGCAACGGUCAAAACGAACGGGGCGAAGAGGACGCUGGCCUUCUUGAAAAAGCUCUCUCAGCGUUUGAAGCGUGCAGACAACGCCUAGAGGCGGCAGAAUGCUCUGCGAAGAACCUCAAAGACUCCGCUGCCGCUGCUGCUCGCAGGGGAGAGACAGGCGUUGCCCCUGCAUUGCUGGCGCGCGCCAGUCGAGCAGAAACACAAGCUGAGGAAGCUCGAGCUCACCUCGUUAACGCCCGCCUCGGCCUUGCACAGGUCAGGGGCGAAGGCAAGCGCCCUCGGCUUCUUCUCGUCUUGGGGGAGCCGCUAGCCAGUGCGUGCGACGGAGAAGAAAAAUCGCAGACGGGGGAGAGGGAACCGGACAAAGGAGACGACGAAAGAAACGUGAACCUGCGACGGCAUGGCGAAACAAGAAGAUCUGAAGAACUGCAUGCGCGAGGCGACAAAGGAAACGCCGCAGAAUCGAACGAGGCGCGAUUCUUUGACACAGAGACGAAGCACCUCCCAUCUUGGGCGAAAGAAAAGAUCGGCUCCUCGCUGAUCGUGGUUGGGAGUGCUCAAACUCUUCGGCGUCUUUUGCAGAGACUGGGAGCUGUGCAGCCGGACGCUUUGGAGACUUUUCUGAAGAGAGUGAAGCACGUUGUCUUCGACGAGGCCGACCGACUUCUUCAGCCCCUGACUCGCUAUGCGCCUCUGAAGACGAAGAGCCUCCGAACGUCCCGCCCGCGUCCUGCCUCUCUUCUUUUCUCGUCUCUUCUGAUCGCGAAGAAGCCUCUGCUUCAGCGACAGACAGAGCCAGCCCGGUGCCGUUCUUCUCUUCUUCUCGGCGGCAACUCCAUCGCUCUAGCCUCGCCUGCACUCUGUGCUUCUGCGGACGGUCCUGCGAAGAAACGACGAGGAAAAGCCUCGUCUUCUUCUCUCAGUUCGUCUGACUUCCUGCGGCGCAUCUUCAUCGUGCCACACGGGUCGCUCUCUCCCUCUCCGCGUCCGUCUUCUGGGGACUUCCAAAUCAUCGCUGCGAGUGCAACCGUCGGUCGGCCUCUGAGGCGUCAGCUGGCCGAAAUGCUGUUGAUGCGAGAUUCUCUGAAGAAAACAAAGUCUCUGCGCGCGAAAGAGAAUGCCAAGGCAGCAGAUGCCGGGGAAAUCGAAUCAGCAAAAGACGACGAAGAGGACGAAGAAAAGGCGUUUGUGUCCGCAGAAGAAAGAAAGGAGAUGACUCGUGUCUUGAAGAGGCUACAGUCUAGGGGACUCGUCGCGUGCGAAGACGCGAUGGAGGGAGAAAUUGGCAAGGCGGUUGAUACAGAGAACGAGAGCGGAAAGCGCUUGAUGAAAGUCGCCAGGCCACCGGCUGCCUGGGGUUCCCGUUCGCCUCAAGGCCGUCGGAGUCUCCUUGUUGGACUACCAGCGACGCUCGAACAUUUUUUGCAUGCAACACCUCGGGGAAAUCUUGCGACUCUCGUCUAUGAAACGUCCCUUCUUCUCCACCGGCUUCGGCCUCACCGUGCCAUCAUUUUUCUCGACGCAAAACUAUCUGUUGUCAGCUUCCUUCUCCACUUGAGACGCCUCGGCAUCGAGCACACACAACUGCUCCACGAGGCCUUCGGAUUCCAUUCGCCGCGUCUGACAGCUCGUCUGACAGCCGAUCGGGGCUUGCACAAAGUGUCGUCUGCCUCUUCUCCUCCCGCUUCUUCGUCUGCUUCUUCCCGUAUCCACUUCCACUUUGCCAACAGAGAGAGGCUUGCACAAGACCCUUCUGGAUCCUCAGCUUCCUCUUCUCCUCUCACUUCCAUACCGCCGUCACCAGUGUCGCCUUUCACUUCUUCUCCGAACUCUGCUCUGUCUUCUGCUUCCUCUUCUUCUCCCUCGACAGAGACUGGAGGCGAGCAGGCGCUCCCGACGCUCGGGGGCGCUGGGUGGCCUUCAGAGUCUCUGGACAAGAGAGCGGACGAGGACGCGUUUGGUUCCUCCGCAGGCGCAAUAGCGACAGAAGAGAGACAGACAGGCGACAGACGCGCGCUGCUUCUCACGUCGAUGGCCACAGCACGAGGUCUACACUUUGACAACCUCGACUUCAUUUUCCUCGUCGGAGACAUCGAAAACGCUCGGGAGUACCAGCAUCUUGCAGGUCGUGCGGGCCGCAGAGGUCGUCCAGGAAAAGUCAUAUGUGUCAGCGAGUCUGCAACGCAGAAAUGUAUUUCCUCGUGGGCGAAGAAUCUCGGCGUGACUUUCCAGCCCUCUCAGCGACUCUUAUUUCCCUGUAGCGAGGCGGAAUCUGCGCAUGCCGAUGCAUCGGAAGACGAACAACAGACUGUCUCUUCCAACCCAGAGUCGAGGGGAGACGCAAGCCGCCGACGAACUGGAGGGAACUCAGAGGAAAGACAAAGACAGCUCGAGAGAGAAGAGGUGUACGAGGAGGGAGAGUGGGAGACGCAGAGGGCGAGAGCGCACGAGGAAAGAGGCGGCAGCGAGAGACAGAGAGGUCAGGGAGGAAGAACAGAGCGGCACGAAGGAAACGCACCCAGAGCGUACGAUGAUGAAGAACAGCGGGAGGCAUUCGCAUCAAAAGGAAGAAGCGCGGAUGGUGACGAAGAGGAAGAAAAAGACGAGAUGUCGGAGAAUGCGGAUGCGCGAACGGAAGGAAGGAAGAGCAGAGAAACAGAUGCCGAAACAGACGAAACAAAGGAGAAACCAGGGGUCAACGAUGACGCGUUCGCUUUUCUCGACGCGCUCUCCAACUUCACGCGACCCUCCUUUUCGUCUCUCCUGUCGAUGUGAGCACAAUGCUGAUGCCCCCCUGUUUGUUUUGAGGAAAACGAUUUUGUGUGUUUACACGCUGUUCGCUCGAGACCGGACUCGACCUCUGCGUUCGGGACGUUUCCGAGAUUCUGACUCCCAAAAUUCCUUCGUUU